AUGAUUAAGCUGGAGUUCCAAGACAGCUCUAAGAUCUUCGCACCUUCCAGAUCACCGAGGUCUUCUGUAACGUUCGGCCUGACCCACAACACACUCCUAUACGACAUUCAUGGCUCUUACACCGACUACCCCUCGUUCCAGCAGAGCCUCGAGCCCAGCAAAGAAGAAGAUCCGUUUGAGAAACGGAGGAAUCCCCGAACCUUCCAGUUGGGUAGAGACAGGAUCUUGGACGAGGGGAUAGGAGUUCCGUUUAGUUCGAAGCGCAAGUCUGGGGCUGCUCGUGAGGGGAUAGGUCAAUGGAAGAAGACAUCCAAGCAAGGUCAGAAUUGUCCGCUGGUACUCCGUCAAGCUGCUUCUAAACUUCCAACCAAAAUGGAAUUCAUUAGUCGCGAUACUCCACCCAGGCUCGGAAACUUGGUCUUGUACCCUCCAAAACCAGUCAAACGCAUCGCCGAAGAAUCAGUUCCCGGUGUAGACCGUGGUCCAAUAGCCGAAGCUUUAGCUACACCCUACUACUGCUAGUUAGACCACCGAUAUAACGAAGAAUAUAUACUGUUAAUCAUCUAACAGGUGUCGCGGCUUCUUGCGCAGCUGAGGCCGUGAUACUUAACCCAGCCAGUGAUGCUUACGGUAUUUAUACAAUACACCUAUGUGUUUCAAAGCGGUUGUGGUUUCUCUUCCCUCUUCCCACUGAUGACCCUCGACCAAAACCUCUUCACCCUCCAGAUUAAACCCAGCCCCACUGACCCAACUCUUGUCGACCUCGCCGACCCCUCUGGGAAUGUAUUCUAUCGCAAAGAACGAAGCACUGGGGUUGCUUACAACCUGUCUCUAUAUGGUGAUUCUUAACAUUAUCUCGGUGUCGGGAGCCCAAAUUCAUUCAUUCGUAUUCAUGGCCUUCAGAUUUCAUCACCCAGUCCGUACUAGUAACUGCCACCGCCCCAA